AGUGGCGCCGAGGAGAGGAAGAGGAGGAGUAGGGGGGAAGCCUUUUUAAUUCAUUUUCGUUCCAAAUUCCGCAUUUCGAGCCUCUGCAGCCAGCCGGACUUGUGUUGUUGUUGUUGUGGGUGGUGGUUGUGCGUGGGGCGGUUUUUCUGCUUUCCCCCCCCCCAACCCCCCCAUUCUCCCCCGCUGAGCGGGGAGAGGAGUCGGGGGGAUCCCACCAGGGCAGCCCCGUCCCCCCGCGGAGGGACGGAGAAGCUGUUGUUGUUUUGUAAUAAGAUUGUCUGGGUCGCACCCCCCCCCCCCCAACACCACCCUCCCCUCCGCAGCCCUCCCAGUUUUUGUGUCUCUCUCUGUGUGUGUCUGCGCGCUGCCUCUGUGUGCGGUGUUUGAAAAUGGAGGUUGAAGAUGCAGACUGCCAGCCCCGAUGUGCCUCAUGUUUGCGACUCCUGUGCACGAUGUACCGCUGCAGCCAGCGCUGAGGGGAGACGGCGGCGCCCCCCGCCCCGCCGCCCCGGAGCCCGCCCCGCCGCCCCAGAGACAGCGUCGCCCCGGGGCUUUCAUGCCUUGUUGUUGUUGCCGUUAAUACAUCUUGAAUAUCUGUGUAUUUUUGGUGUGGUUGCUCCGGAAGAUCAACACCCAGGGACCUCAAAAACCCUCCGGUUUGCCAGACCGAAGGGUCUUGUUUUUUUCGUUUCUUGAGGCAACGUGGAUUUAUUUAUCCUGCCCCGCUUCUCGUCUGCCUUUUGCCUCCUUCGUUAUUUUUAGAGGACGGGGACUGAAAAGAAAGCGAACAAUUUUGGACUUUUUUUGUUUUGUUUUGUUUUCGGAAAGGGGGAUUUUGUCCAAUUAAAAAAAGAGGAAUGAAGUCUGGCGCUGGAGGAGGGUCCCUCGCCGUCGUCUGGGGGUUUCUGCUCGUCUUCGCCGCACUUUGUCUGUGGCCAACAAAUGGGGAAAGUGAGUACGUUUGCGGGCCAAAUGUUGACAUUCGCAAUGAUAUCCAUGAGCUGAAACGCCUGGAGAACUGUACGGUAAUUGAGGGUUUCCUUCAAAUUCUGCUCAUCUCUAAAGCAGAGGAUUACCGCAACUUCCGCUUCCCAAAGCUCACUGUCAUAACUGACUAUUUGCUGCUGUUCCGUGUGGCAGGCUUGGAAAGCCUCAGUGAUCUCUUCCCCAACCUCACAGUCAUUCGUGGGAGGAACCUCUUCUACAACUAUGCCUUGGUUAUCUUUGAAAUGACAAAUCUUAAAGAGAUUGGGCUUCACAACUUGAGGAACAUAACACGCGGGGCCAUACGGAUUGAGAAGAACUCUGACCUGUGUUACCUCUCCACAGUGGACUGGUCUCUCAUCCUAGAUGCAGUGUCCAAUAACUACAUUGUUGGGAAUAAACCUCCAAAGGAAUGUGGGGACUUGUGUCCAGGAACAAUGGAAGAGAAGCCAUUGUGCGAGAAGACAUCUAUUAACAAUGAGUACAACUACCGCUGCUGGACCACCAACCACUGCCAGAAAAUGUGCCCCAGCUCAUGUGGCAAGCGAGCCUGUACAGACCAAAAUGAGUGUUGCCAUCCUGAAUGCUUGGGGAGCUGCACGGCGCCUGACAACAACACCGCCUGCGUGGCCUGCCGCAAUUACUACUACGAAGGAGUCUGCAUGCCCACUUGCCCUCCUAACACCUACAAGUUCGAGGGCUGGCGCUGCGUGACUAAAGAGUUUUGCUCCAAAGUCCCUGCGACUGAAACGAGUGAAUAUGAGAGGUUUGUGAUUCACAAUGAUGAGUGCAUGGCAGAAUGCCCCUCCGGAUUCAUACGCAACGGGAGCCAAAGUAUGUUCUGCAGUCCUUGUGAGGGGCCUUGCCCGAAAAUUUGUGAGGAUGGGAAAACGAAGACCAUUGACUCUGUCACGUCAGCACAAAUGUUGCAGGGAUGCACAAUUCUAAAGGGAAAUCUGCUGAUCAACAUCCGUCGUGGAAAUAACAUUGCCUCAGAACUGGAGAAUUUUAUGGGUCUGAUUGAGACAGUAACAGGGUAUGUGAAGAUUCGCCAUUCCCAUGCAUUAGUCUCCCUGUCUUUCUUGAAGAACCUGCGGUAUAUUCUGGGAGAAGAACAGGUGGACGGGAAUUACUCCUUCUACGUGCUUGACAACCACAAUCUUCAGCAGCUGUGGGACUGGAACCAUCAUAACUUGACUAUCAAGGAGGGGAAAAUGUACUUUGCAUUUAAUCCUAAACUGUGUGUUUCUGAGAUUUACCGUAUGGAGGAAGUUUCAGGAACCAAGGGGCGACAGAGCAAAGGAGAUAUAAAUCCAAGGAACAAUGGGGAGAGAGCCUCUUGUGAAAGCCACAUUCUGCGUUUUGUUUCCAACACUACGCUCAAGAAUCGGAUUAAACUAACAUGGGAACGGUAUCGCCCUCCAGAUUAUAGAGAUCUUAUUAGCUUCACUGUUUACUACAAAGAAGCACCAUUCAAAAAUGUGACAGAGUAUGAUGGACAAGAUGCAUGUGGCUCUAAUAGCUGGAACAUGGUCGACGUUGACCUGCCACCAAACAAAGAGAACAAUCCUGGAAUUCUACUGCAGGGAUUGAAACCUUGGACUCAAUAUGCCAUUUAUGUCAAGGCUGUUACCCUCACAAUGAUGGAAAACCAUCAUAUUCAUGGAGCAAAAAGUGAAAUUGUAUAUAUACGAACCAAUGCUGCAGUGCCAUCCAUUCCCUUGGAUGUUAUUUCAGCAUCCAACUCCUCGUCCCAACUGAUUGUGAAAUGGAAUCCUCCCUCUCUUCCCAAUGGCAACCUCUCAUACUACAUCGUACGGUGGCAGCAGCAACCUCAGGACAGUUACCUUUACAGACACAAUUACUGCUCCAAAGAUAAAGUCCCAAUUCGAAGAUAUGCUGAUGGGACCAUUGAUACAGAGGAAGCUACUGAACCCACUAAACCAGAGGGCUGUGGGGGAGAAAAAGGACCUUGUUGUGCGUGUCCCAAGACAGAGGCAGAAAAGCAAGCGGAGAAGGAGGAAGCAGAGUACCGGAAAGUCUUUGAGAACUUUCUUCACAACUCCAUCUUUGUCCCCAGACCCGAUCGGAAACGGAGAGAUGUGUUCCGAAUUGCAAAUGCCACUUUGGCCACUCGAAACAGGAAUGUGACUGGGACAGAUCACUUCACCAAUGUUUCUGACACAGAGGAGAAUGAGGUGGAAUACCCGUUCUUUGAGACCAAAGUGGAUGGCAAGGAGAGAACUGUGAUCUCCCAUCUCCAGCCUUUUACUCUUUACCGCAUUGAUAUUCACAGCUGCAACCAUGAAGCUGACACACUCGGUUGUAGUGCUUCCAACUUUGUCUUUGCAAGAACCAUGCCUUCAGAGGGAGCAGAUAACAUUCCAGGAACGGUAGCAUGGGAAGCAAAAGAAGAAAAUACUGUAUACCUGAAGUGGUUAGAACCUGCAAAUCCAAAUGGGCUGAUACUAAUGUAUGAAAUCAAAUAUGGGCAGCAUGGAGAGGAGAAGCGGGAAUGUGUUUCCAGACAGGAAUACAAGAAGCUUGGAGGAGCUAAACUCACUCAUCUGAACCCUGGAAACUAUUCUGCUAGAGUUCAGGCCACUUCAUUAGCUGGAAAUGGGUCAUGGACUGAGCCAGUCUCUUUCUAUGUGCAGCCCAAAUCAGCAAACUAUGGAAACUUCCUGCACUUGAUAAUUGUGCUCCCUAUUGCUUUCCUGCUCAUCAUUGGAGGAUUACUGAUAAUGCUGUACGUCUUUAACAAAAAGAGGAACAGUGACAGACUGGGCAAUGGAGUACUUUAUGCUUCUGUGAACCCCGAGUACUUCAGUGCUUCAGACGUGUAUGUUCCAGAUGAAUGGGAGGUGCCCCGUGAGAAGAUCACAAUGUGUCGGGAGCUUGGGCAAGGCUCCUUUGGAAUGGUGUACGAGGGGAUAGCCAAGGGAGUGGUGAAGGAUGAACCGGAGACCAGGGUGGCCAUCAAGACUGUCAACGAGUCUGCAAGCAUGCGUGAGAGGAUAGAGUUUUUAAAUGAGGCCUCGGUGAUGAAGGAGUUCAAUUGUCACCAUGUGGUUCGGCUGCUUGGUGUUGUUUCUCAGGGCCAGCCUACUCUGGUUAUCAUGGAGCUGAUGACACGUGGGGACCUCAAAAGUUACCUGAGAUCACUGAGACCAGACACAGAGAAUAAUCCUGGCCAGGCACCUCCAACUCUGAAGAAGAUGAUUCAGAUGGCUGGAGAAAUUGCUGAUGGGAUGGCAUACCUCAACGCCAACAAAUUUGUUCACAGAGACCUUGCUGCGAGAAACUGCAUGGUGGCAGAAGACUUCACAGUGAAAAUUGGAGAUUUUGGCAUGACAAGAGAUAUCUACGAGACAGAUUACUAUCGUAAAGGAGGGAAAGGUUUGCUGCCUGUCCGCUGGAUGUCCCCAGAAUCACUGAAAGAUGGAGUCUUCACAACGCACUCCGAUGUCUGGUCUUUCGGUGUUGUACUCUGGGAGAUUGCAACGUUAGCGGAGCAGCCGUACCAAGGCAUGACCAAUGAACAAGUGCUCCGCUUUGUGAUGGAAGGAGGUCUGCUGGAAAAACCAGACAAUUGUCCUGAUAUGCUGUUUGAACUGAUGCGCAUGUGCUGGCAGUACAACCCGAAGAUGAGGCCCUCCUUCCUGGAAAUCAUCGGUAGCAUUAAAGACGAGCUGGAUCCAGCCUUCAAAGAGGUCUCCUUCUUCUACAGUGAAGAGAACAAGCCUCCGGAUACAGAGGAGCUUGACCUGGAGACUGAAAACAUGGAGAGCAUUCCUUUAGAUCCCUCCUCCACCCUCCAACCCACUGACAAGCACUCAGGACACAAAGCCGAGAACGGCCCGGGCGUGGUGGUCCUUCGGGCCAGCUUCGAGGAGAGACAGCCGUACGCACACAUGAACGGGGGACGCAAGAACGAGAGGGCCUUACCGCUGCCCCAGUCUUCGGCCUGCUGAUCCUUAGAACCAGAAUCUCACAGAAAUAAGACGCAGAAAAACACGCGCAUUGGGGGAAGAAAGAAAGAAAGUUACAAUAUAUUCAAAAGCCUACUGUACCUCAGUGGAUCUUCAGAACUGCCAUAGCUGCACUUGGGAGAACCCUUUUUUCAGUAAACAAGUUACCGUAUUUUUCUUUUUUCAAUAUGCAAGCAGAUGUUUGUUUCAGUAAAGGACUCCAUUCAUGGGGCACACAGUUGGCCUUUUAAAACUCUAAUGUUAACACUUAAUAGCAACAGAAAACUUGAGAUCUGAUGUCUCUCUCUCCUCUCUCUCUCCUCUUUCUCUCUCUUUCUCUCUCUUUCUGUCUCUCUCUUUGCUUCAUAAUGGGAAACAUAUCUGCGUGCAAGUUCAACCGUACAGCACUUUUAUCAGAUCAAAGAUAUCGCAGGCCAGGUGGCUCCCCGGUACCCUUGCAGGCACCUGCCUAACACUGUAGGUCUUUAUAAAAAAUACAAACAAACAAAAAAAAUACAAACAAAAAAAAACACACACAAAAAAAAAUAAAAAUAAAAUAAAAAAAAACAACAAAAAAAAAAACCAACAACAAACCAACAAACAAACUAAAAAAGACUGGAUUUUUAAUGUUGCUCUUUAAUCUUUUUAGGAACACAUAAAAGAAUAAAAAAGGGCCAUCAUUCGUCCAAGGUUGUUACCAUUUUCAACGCUGCCAAAUUUUGCCAAAAAAAUGAACUCUUUGUUUUUUGUUUUUGUUUUUUUGUAGGCAUGGAAGGAGCACAGUAAUCAACUGCUCUGUUUAAAAGAGAUCCUGACCAAUACAUUCUAUUCAAUCAUACACUGGUAUUUAAAAAAAAAAAAAAAAGUAAUUUAAAAAAUCAAAUUGUCUAGACCUUUUUUCAAAACUGGACAAAAUGUGAUUUUAUUUUUUUUUUCUUGUGAUGGAGAAGAUAACAGGGAUGGGGGUAAAGAAACAGCCCUCCCUCCACCCCUAUCCCCAUCCCAAUGAAUUCUGGACAAAACUGGCAGUGGUGAGCUAAACACGUGCAUUUCGUACAAAAAAAGUCAACCGCACGCCAAAAAUGAAACAUGAAAAUAACCGGCAGAGAUCUCCAUCGUUGCAGCCUGCCUUCCUUCACAGGCUUGCAAGGAAAUAAACACCUAGAAACCUAAAUUGGAGAAGACAAAAAAAAGCAGUAACCGGAUUCAAGUAUAUGAUGCUUUGUUGACCUUUUCUCUUUAUUAUUAAGACUUCUCGAAGGGUCUUGCAGUUCUAUGUUAGACCAUGGAUCAUUUGCAUACACAUUGUCUUUUGUGUCACUUUUAUAACUUUUUUACGGUUCAGAUACUCAUCUAUAUGUCUGUACAGAAAAAAGCUGCUAUUUUUUUUGUUCUUUAUCUUUGUGGAUUUAAUCUAUGAAAACCUUCAGGUCUGCCCUCCUUCCCUUCCCUCCCCUCCCACUUCAACAAAUUUUCUUAUGCUUUGUACUAUAGUGUGUAACUUUACUUCCUCCUUCCCAGUAACUGAUACCUUUCAUAUGAUUUGCCAUGAACUGUUUAAUGCCUUUUUAUAAAUACAUUUCCUCCUUUUUUUCCUUUUUUUUUUUUUUUUUUUUUUUUUUUUUUUUUUUUUUUUUCUCCUCCUUUCCAUUAGUUGUUUUACAACAUCUUGGCUGUGUGGGCUACAGGGCUUUUGAGGGGGACAUGGAGAAAGAAGGGACACCCCGCACGGAAACAACUUGAGCAGUGCUGCGGUGUGGUGUUUUUAAACCCCAGUUUUCCUUCCUUCCCACUAACCUCUGCCCAGACAGCAUGCGAGUCUCUUACAGUGCAAGGCAUGAUACAAACUCAGGUCAGAAAAAAAGGUUAAAUAUUUAGUACAUUCUUGUUCAGUGUUUAUAUUCAUUGUUGUACAAGGGUCCUACCCUCCUCCUUCCCUCCCCGCUUGUUUUGGUUGUGGCACACAUCCACCCACCCAUCCCCACACACUCUCCCCACACAAACACACACACGUAUUUUAUUUUUUUAUUUUAUUUUAUUUGUUGGGUACAACAGCAGACACCAGGCUUUUGGGUCACUGAUUUUUAAAAAAGACUAUUUUAACCCUUCCGCCCCGUGAACAAGAGCUGUGCCAGUUGCAGCUGGUGAUGCCAGGCAUUCUUAAGGUGGCCACUGAACACCUGGCUCCGGCAAACCCCAGCUCUUCACCUUCCCGAUGAGGAAGCCCUCGCAGAGGGCACCCUGGGCUGCACUUCGCACCCCUGGCAAGAAAAAAAAAAACCCAAAGCCAAACCAAACCCACCACGCCAUUUCCAUGGGGCUGGGUGGAAAGCGUUGUAGCUGGGGCCGGUGGCUUGGCUAGCAAACAGUUAAGUGUUGGCAGCUAUGGAAACCCGUACAAGUACAAGCUUGUUGCUUAAAUCAUAGACCAAACCUCAGAACAAAAGAAAACGAGUAAGCUUGUUUGUUCAGUUGCAGAAGCCUUGGUGAAAGGGGAAGGAGGGGGCCAUCAGAACGUCUACAACCAAGGAGUCGUACCAGUUGCUCUUCUUACAUUAGUUACAGCAUCUAAGCCUUUGUUUAGCACUGAUCCAACCAAAUGAUGGCAGUGAAGAGGUGGUUCUGGGAUGGAAACGUUUAAAUCUUUUGAGUAAGAACAAAGAAUUAAAAUAUACUGAUUGCUAGUUUUGACUGGAGAUUUUAAAAAGUUUGUAGUGCUUUUUGCUUGUGUAGUUUAGAUCCCAUUAUCUUCUCUUGCCUCUGUCCCAUAGUUAUUUUUCCCUUUUAAAAAUGAAAAAGACAAAAAAGUUAAUUAAGAAGGUAUUCUAUGUAGGAUUUUUUAUUUAUUUUUGUGAUAUCAGUUUAAAUCACUGUAGAGAUGCCCCAUAAUAAAUUUAAAUACUGAGAUAAGGGGUUUUGAGUAUGACGGGGGACAGUUUUUGAUUUUUUUCAAACAUUUAUCUACCUCACUCUUAUUUUUUUAUAUGUGUGUAUAUAAAAAAAAUACAUCUCACAUUUCUCAGCAGCCAAUAAAUGCCGUUGAUACUGGUAACCUCUCACUCCAUAUACCACAUGCUCUAGGUUCUGGAGGGGAACAGUCACUGCCUGUCACAAAGGGUCACCUCAGAAUAUUUGCCGCAAUUCCAAGGAGUUUCUCCACUUCUUUGGUUUAGAUUCUUUACUGCAAGGAGAAAUCCAAGAGUUGGCUGAUGUAGUGUGACCAUUCUUAAAGGAAACACAAAGGCUUUUUAACGUGCUGUCAGCAGUCCUCAGGUCAGCAACAAAAUGCUGUGUGUUCAGAUGAGCGGAGACAGAGCUGACCUGAUACAAGGACUUCAAAUUAUGACUAUUUGAUGAAAUCUGUUACAGAAAUCAAUUGUUUACAGUGUCUGAAGGUCCAGAAGAAUUACUAGAGUAAAGGGAAUGGUCUUUCUGUUUGUCCUGUAGAAUGGGCUAAGUCAUUACUACCAGUUUUUCCUCAGAUGCCACAAGCACCGAAAAGGCAUUUGGCUGAAUCAGCACCUAAAAAUAAAUUGGCUCAUACAGCAAUAGCAUUGCUUUCUUGACCAAAAAAAAAACACUGAAAAAACCUGUCACAGGCUGCCUGAUGAUACUACUACAUCGAGUUUACAGCUUUGGAUCUUUGCUGCUUCUGUUUGAUGAGAGCACUGAUAUUUUUUUUUUUUUUUUUUUUUUUUCAAAACUAACAUUGAAUUGAUUUCUUUUAACGUGCCAGUAAAAAUUCAGUCCCCUUUUCUUUCCCUGUUUAUAUGCUUCAUAACUGUGGAUUCCGAUGGACCAGCCAUCAGAUUUUAACUGCCCUCUGACAGCGUGUAACUGGUUUACAAGCACACAGGACUAACACGAGCUUGCCAUCAACUUGAUGUAUAAUGUUUCUCUUUUUCCAGCUCUGGCAGCUGUUCGUGCAGGUGUUGGUUGUGGUAUCUGAAUAAUGUGGUGCUUGGCUACUUCGAGUUGUACAUGGCCUCUUGAAUACACAGCGCUGUGGUUAAGUACUACAGAGUUUGUCUUUGGAGGGAGUGUUUCUCUCUGGCCCUGAGAAACCAGCAAAAUUUCAAGUUUUUGCUAGGUUGUUUUGCUUUUCCAUUUUUUAUUAGGUUCCGGUGACCUUUUGGUGCAGUGGCUGUUCUCCUCUCUUGCACAUAUGGAUUACCACAACUGGAGAUCCUCAGAUCUUUCAGCUGGCUAGGAGGGUUUUGUUAAAACUGUCCAAGUUACUGGUUUUUAUAAUUGUAUGUAGGUGGUUUUAAAAUGCAUUAGGAAGAAACACUAACGACGUAGCACCCAUCAUGAUAAGCAUUUCAAAAAGCACUUCAGUAGAAGACAGUCACGUGCCAUCACAUCCGCAUGUGUGAUGACAGUCAGCUCUCCUGGACCAAACCACCUUCAUCAUACCAUUGCGUUCUGUGUUUGCAAUUCAAGCUUAAUUCCUUUUUUGUUCUGUUUGUUUCCAUAGGGGUUUUUUUUUGUUGUUGUUGUUGUUGUGUUUUGUGCAUUUUGAAUAGCUUUAUUCACAUGGGUUUUUCAUGCAGACUUCCCUUGGACAGUAAAUCAACUUGUUUGUGCAUGUGAACAACUGAGAAUUGAUGUUGGCUUGAUAGAGUCAUAAUAUGGUUUGUAAUGUUGUUCUUCCCUGAGACCACUGGCUUGUCUGGUAUGGAAAAUUUAUUUAGAACUUCAGCUAUGUUUGAAUAAAGUUAAAGUAAUCCAGUUUGUUUAUAAAUUAAAAACAAAAGCCCACCCAGCCCUGAAAACCAGCAUUUUGAUGGAUGGUACCAAGGUGUUUUAAUGCAGUAGGAUAACAAACCGGCGUCACUGCAGGGAGCAGGCGGCUUUGAUUUUAGUGCUCGGCCACUGUUCUCACCUGACUCGCAUUUAAAAGCUGCUCGGUGGCGCAGAAGGUGGUUUGGUUGCAAAGGAACGUGGCUCCUACCUAAGCACGGAGGUGUCGGCUGCGUGGUACUAAACGAGAUGCUCUUGGGGGAGCGAUAAACUAGACGCAGAAGCCGAGCGUGAUGGAAGGUGUGAGGCCGGCCUGUGUGCACCAAGUCUUUCUCAGCACGAUGCCUCUGCUAUUAAAGCUGGUUCUAAGUGAUGUAUGAUUCUAGGCAUGUUCACACUGAUGCUCCUCUUGGCCUUUAAAAAACCAAGGAAGGAAAGCCCAGUUUGCCCAGGACGACUGGUCACCAGAUGGAACUGCUGUCAGGUCCUCUGGGAACUGCUGAGGGGUGUUCAGUACAGGCUGAGUCCAAGUGAACAACACUCCUAUUGUUGGUGUAACUCCAUACAUAUAUAUCUAUAUAUACAUAUAGAUAUCUGCAUAUGUAUAUCUAUAAUAUAGAUAUAUAUAUAUAUAUAUUUAAACCCUUUUCAUUCCAUUAGUACAAGUAACACUUGUUUCCUGUUAUUCUUACUUUGUUUGUCAACAGUGUAUUUAAUCACUGGGCUGAACAACAGUGGAGGAAGGUGCAAGGGAUCCACUCCUUACUAACCAGUGAUGAAAGCCAGAUAUUGCAACUUAACCCAUGAGUAGUUGUGCAGACAAGAAUUUAAGAAUGAUGUGUAGAAACAACACUAGUGGCCAGGGGUGCUGAAGAUACAGAACUACAGAUAGGCAGGAGGGCUUCGAAGGACACCUGGGUUCAGAAGCUGGCUGCUCAGAGACGCUGAGCGGCCUCUGCAAUUGAGCACGGCCUGGUAAAUCAGAAUUGAGACAGGUUUGUGUGGAGACGCGUGGAAACGGAGGAUGUGGAAAUGGGUAUUUACAAAGACACAGGGCUUGGCAGAAGUUGGAGGUAGUUUCCUGAGCCUGGUAUGUGGGACAGCAUCAGAGCUCAGGCAUCACAAUUCUGAUCGCUGGUACUUGUAAAUAAACCUCUGGACUUUCCAGCUGGAGUGGUAAAUUCAUUACCGGGAGUUUUAACGGUGGUUGUUAUCGGUCUGUAUGAAUCGGUCUCAACUUACAGUUGGUCUGGUUUGCAAGUACCUGAAGACUAUCACUAGUUUGUGUGUGUGCUUAUGCGUGUGUGCUCAUCUUUUGGGGUUUUUUUGGUUUGGUUUUUUUUUUUUUUUUUUUUUGGUAUGCGUUUCGUUGAUUAGUAAUCCAUUAGCAUUUUCAAUAGGGCUUUAAGUCCAGUAGAUUACGGGUAGUCAGUUGACGAAGAUCUGGUUUACAAGAACUAAUUAAAUGUUUCAUUGCAUUUUGUAAGUACAUAGAAUAAUUUUAUAAAAUGUUUGUAGUUUAUAAAUGCCUAAAAUAUAAUUUAAGGGCACUUUUCUGUGUCUGUGUAUGGGUGUGUCUGUAUGUGAUCAGUUUUUUUGAUGGUACCAGUUUACUAGCUAGCUUUACAAUAUGCCAAAAAGGAUCGCUGACUUGUCCAAUUCAUGGCGUGUCCCUCUCCCCCUACCCACCCAAGCUUUGUGUCCCAGUAUACAGCGAACGAAUAAAGAAGUUGGGGAAAUGUUCUGUAUCUUCAGUAUCCUGGUCUUCCAGAGCCCUCUGGUUGGGGUGGGAUCAUCUUAACUGGUCAUUUCACGCUGCUGUCUAGGGCAGUUAACUUCAUGGAUUACAAGAACCUCACUGGUCAGGGAAACAGAACGGGUUUUGCUGCUACCCAGGCUCGCUCGGGCUGGUCAGUACCUGCUUCACGGUGGCCGUGUGGUUUGAAGGAUGCGACUGCAUAAGGGAAAGAGGGAAGAUGGUUUUCAUAAUUACUGUUGAAGAACUCUUUGCAGAUUUCUCAUCACUUCACAAGUUUGUGUGCAGCCUCUAAAGACGUUGAGCACCAUUUGAAGCUUUGUUGAAAUGAGCAAGGCAGGGUCCCUAUUUAUUUUUAUUUAAGCGUAUUGAAGAUCCCUUCACCCUCACUCCCCCGAUUUGACUAACCACAUUGCUGAAGGGUUCUGAUGAUUUAGAUACUGUUUCAAAAUCAGCUCUUCUGUUUUCUGAACCAGUGAGGUUUGAGAUGAAAGGAUUGGCCAGAGUUUGUCUACCUCUGGGACAAAAACAAAACUAGAAAGUGCUAAGGAAUGGAUGCAGUUGCAAAUACAACAUUUUCCAAUUUUUCUUGUUUAAAUUUUUUUAAGAGAAAAUUAAACAAUAACAUGGCCAAUUUAUUACAUAAAAAGACUUGCUGUGUAUAAAUUAUUCCUAAAGAAAUUCCUGUGUUUAUAUUAAAAUGAAUCAGUAGAUAAAAAAAAAUUUCAAAAUGUUUUUGUAUAUUCUGUUGUAAGAAUUUAUUCCUGUUAUUGCGAUAUACUCGGGAUUCUUUACAUUAUGAAAAGAAGAAACUUUGUCUAUUUUGAAUGGCUGAAGCUAAGGCUCCUUUAGUUUCUCUUACUCUGCUUUUUUCUAGUAGUUUCAGUACUACAUGAUUUAAGUUAAAUAAAAGAAUUCUGUAUGCA